ACCGACGCUAUAUUAUUUUCUUUCCCUCCAUUAACUUUCCCUCCCUUUAAUAUACACUCCUCCAUUUACAAUUUGAUGGACCAGGAUUCAUAAGAAACAAAAAGAUGGGGAACUGCUUGUUCGGCGGCUUGGGAGAAGCUGACGAAGUGAUCAAAGUCAUAACUUCAAACGGCGGCGUUAUGGAGUUUUCAGCUCCGAUAAUAGCCGGAACCAUCACCGAUGAGUUCCCAGGCCACGCCAUUUUCCGGACCCAAGAUCUCUUCUGGAAACCACUUUUCCACCACGACGAACUACUCCCCGGAGAAUCCUACUAUUUGCUUCCGAUCAACUGUGGCCAGAUUGUGCGACAAGGGCAUGUGAGGUCCAACAGUAUCCCGGCGGCAGCGGGUGUUGCUCCGUACAGGAUGUCGUGCGAUUGUCAGGGGACGCUGAAGAGAUCUCAUACUGAUGUUUUGUCUAGGCACAACAACAACAACAGUGGGUUUUGGAAAGUGAAGUUAGUGAUCACACCGGAACAGCUGUUGGAGAUUUUGUCACAAGAAGGUCGUACUCAAGAGUUGAUGGAGAGCGUUAGGACUGUGGCCAAGUGUGGGAAUAGGGUCGUCGAUGGAUCUGUUGGGUUUUCGGAUCAAUGGAGUCUGUCCAGCAGUAGGAAUGCUUCUUCAACCAAAGAUGGCUUCUUGUUAGACAAUUAGAACCCAUUGUCCCUUCCCAUUUUCACCCCCUUUUUUUCCUAUUAACAUUAGACCCCAUGAAAUAGUAGUUCGAGGACUGAAUUGAGCAUGUAAUUUCGUAAAUUUAUUUACCCUUUCCCUUUG